CUCUCUUUUCUCUCUCUCUUUCUCUCAUUUUUAUUUUUUCCAUCUUAUUUCAUUUUUAUACCCUUUUCAUUAUUAGACCAAAAAAAAAAUAAUAAUAGUAUCAUAUUACUAAUAUAUUUUAUACGAUGUCUAUGGACAAUCGUCCUUGGCCUCUAGCUGAUCAAUUACCUACGCCAUUAUCAAUAUCACCUCAAGCGAUUCAUUCUUCUGUACUACAAGGCAAACCACAAGUAACCGACUUAUCUCAAGACGGACAUCAAGAUAGAAAACGAAGUCGGGUCACCUCUUUACAACUUUGUUACUCAAGAUCUUGGUUAGGAAAAGGUCAUGUAGAAGAAUAUCAUUUGACCUCGGCAGAAAAAGUACGACGAGCUAUUGAUACUGUAGUGGAUAAUGGAUAUGAACAAGUCGACUUGAGUCAUUGUGACUUGGUUGAAAUCCCUGAUGGUAUUGCUGAACUACAAUAUAUUACUGUCCUGCGAAAAGAUACUGUCAAAACUGCUUCUUUACAACUCUAUUUAUUCGCCAAUCAAUUGAAGACCUUGUCCCCGACGUUAUUCCGACUUCAAAAUCUUUCGGUGUUGAGUCUCCGUUGCAAUGAUUUGGAUUAUUUACCUCCAGAAAUAGCUUUAUUAGAAAACUUGGUUGAACUUUCUUUAGGCAACAACAAUUUGACUUUUUUACCUUCAGAAAUACGAUCAUUACCAAAAUUAACAUUACUAUCUGUUUGUCCCAAUCCUUUUUUGCAAAAACCAAAACCAAGGUCCAAUGAACCAUCAUCACCAGCUUUCCCUUCUACCGUUGUCCGACCUGGAUACGUUUGUCAUACAUUACCUAGUUUAUUUGAAUUGGCCAGCCGACAAUAUUUAUCCAUAUCAUCCAAUCAUCCUUCUUUUCUUCCUUGGGCUAUUCAACAACGUCUUGAUUCUGUUUCAAGUGUCAAUCGAUGUCAAUAUUGUCAACGUUAUUUCUUGGAAGCAACAACUCAAGAAAUGAUUUGGAUGGAUAUUAUUAAUGUGAAAAUGGUGCCUUUACUUUAUCGAUUUUGUUCCAUGGCUUGCUCUCAACAAUUGCUCUUGGAAUAGAUAGUUUUUUUUUUUUUUGUUUGUUU